AUGGCCAAACGCACUGUCGAGUCGGACAUGAUCUCCGAGAUCACCCAGAAGGAGAACAAACUCACCGGCCAGGCCGACCCCGUCAAGGGUGGCCCUACUGCCCAAGCCCAAAGCCACGUUCACGAGAAGCUCUCCGGCGGUUCUGUUGUGAGCGACAUAGCCAAGGGAGAGGAAUCCAUCACCCACAACGGCGCUCCCGUGGCCGGUGGCCCUGCUGCUGCGGCGCAGUCCCAGGCAGCCCAGGCUCGCAAUGAGGCGAAGGACGCACCCCAGAUGCACAGCGGAAAGCUUGACGGCCAGACCAUCUCGGAGAUCAACGCGGCUGAGAAGGAUCUCACCGGCCAGAGCGCUCCUGCCAAGGGCGGCCCCACGGCCCAGGCCCAGAAGCAUGCCGGCGAGCCCAUCAAUGCGCAGACUCUGCAUGACAUCACCGAGGGCGAGAAGAAGGUGGCAGGUGACAGGGUCAAGGGCGGCCCAACUGCAACUGCGCAGUCUAAACUGGCAAAGUCACGCCAGUCCUAG